AUGAGUCAACAACUAACCAUUGGAAACAGUAGUAAUGGUAACAACUACAAUAGUAUAAACAACAACAACUAUCUGAACCCAUUCUCAGAUACUUUAUCACCAGGGUUUUGUACAAACAGCCUGGAUACUAAUAUUAACAUGAAAACAAAUACGCAUCUCAGCAAUCAGCCAACAAACAAUUUCAACCACAAUACUUUUUCAAACUCCGAUGCAAGCAUUCAUGACUAUCAAGAUCUUGAUAAAUAUUCACAUCGACAAAAUUUCAAUCGGCAUUAUUUCAGUUACCCAAACUGUCAUUACCAAACAUAUUAUAAUCAACAACGUCCAUUUAUUCAACAUGCUAAUCAACAACAUUUCGACCAACAACAUUUCGACCAACAACACUUCGAACAGCAAUAUUUCAAUCCGCAACAUUUCAAUCAGCCAAUAUACAACGACCAAUCAUUAAAUCAAAAUAUUUGCAGUGCAGAACAACUUUAUGAACAACAAUCAUAUCAACCAAAGUUCAACAAACAACAUUUUGACAACCAACAUUUCAGUUAUCGAUAUUUCAACCAACAACAUUUCAAUCCAACACAUUUCAACGAACAAAGUUCACACCAACAAAAUAACAGCCACCAAAAUCUCAACGGACAACAUAUCAACCAACGAUAUUUCAACGAGAAUAACAACGCUUCAAAUAAUUUCUGCAGUUCUUAUGCCUCUAGCAAAUCAACACCUACUACAGAUGCAACUCAGCCUUCUUCCUUUUGCUCACCCGAAACUAAUUCAAACAUUGAAAAUAACAACCAGUUUGUUAAUCAAAAUUCUCAAAACAUUAACGAAAUUGCUCAUCAAAGACUUUCGACUCCAUAUUUCAAGCAGCCAACAAAUCCCUCAACAUCAACUUCAGUUACUACAUCAUCCGGCCAAACAGUUGUUGCUGAUCAACAGCAGAUAACUUCAACAAAAGUGAUUAAGAAAAGAGCCAUUCUGUCGAAAGAUAAAACACGAAUAUUAGAGAAUUACUACCAGAAUAUCUUCAACUUUCCCUAUCCUGAUCGGGAAACAUGUGAGUCCCUGGCCAGCCAGUGCGGAAUUUCCGGCUCUCAAGUUAAUAAGUGGUUCAGUAAUAGGAGGAACAAGGACAAAAAUACCAGGAGUCUAACCGACAUUGCUAAUAGGAGGGAAAGAGGAGGCAACUAA